UCUCUCCACGCGCCCAGAAGACAUGGCCCACCACGCCUCCUACCUACCCGGCGCUCUGCUGCUUCCGCUGCUGCUGCUGAUGGCUGGCGUUCCGUCAGCUGCGCCAGCCCUCAAACGUCUGCCGAGCUACGUGCCGCUGUGCCGGCGCGGCGACCCCGCCUUCGACGAGUGCCUGCGACGCGCGACGGCCGAGCUGCGGCCACACCUCGCCAAAGGGGUGCGCGAGCUGCACAUCCCUCCCCUGGAGCCGCUGUCGCUGCCGGAGGUGGACCUGCAGCAGGACGCUCCAGCCCUCACGUACCGCGCCAGGCUCACCGGCAUUCAGCUCUACGGCCUCUCCGACUACGUCUUCAGCAACGUCAGAGCGGACGUGGACCACGGCGUGCUGACCGGCUCCCUGCGGCUGCCGCGGCUGCGCCUGGAGGCCGGCUACCACAUCGACGGCACCGUGCUGCAGCGGCGCAUCAGGGGCAGUGGCUCGCUCACGGCCAACAUCACGGACACGGCAGCGGAGGUGGAGGUGCGCCUGCGCACUGUGUCUCGUCGCGGGGAGAAGUUCCUCACUGUUUCGGACACGGCGCUGCGGCUGGACGUGGGCGCCGCCAUGGUGCUCUUCCGCAACCUCGAGCAGGGAAGCUCCGACAUCGUGAUGGCGACGAACAGCUUCCUGAACGAGAACUCCGUGUCACUGGUGCGCGAACUGCGGCCUGCUGUGGAGAGUGUGGCGGCCAUGGUGCAGCGAGACGUGCUCAGCAAGGCGUUCCGCGCCGCGCCGCUGCGCGUACUCUUCCCUGAAGACGCCAAGCACUGAACGGCAGAAACAUUCACAACCGCCCAGCUCCACUUCCUCUUCUCACCAGACCCACUCUCUCGCAACACAUGUGUCCUAUUUGGCAGCUAUGUGACCGAGGGGAAACGCGAAAUUAGAUACGAGUGUUCCCCUCCCCCCAACUCCUCAGCGUUUAUCAAAAUGAUGUUUUUAUCUCACUGUGGCCCUUUAUUGUUUUCAUUUUCAGAUUCCAUAGCUUGAAUCCUGCGCUUCCCGUGGAAGUGUUAGAGAAAUUGAAUCAUAGCACAGUGAAAAUAGUUACGUAACAUUAAUGAUAACAGCUUCCUGUCAAGGCAGAAAGAAUGUGCUCUAAGGAACACUGUUUCAUUGCUCGUAAUACACUAAAAAGUAAACAUGAAGAAGAUCGAGUGAUUAUAUAACAAAUUAUUAUUGUAGCUGUCAUUGCCUGAGAGUGAAUAAUGUUUGGUUUUAUUGUUUACUUAACUAUAAUUUUUUACGUAAGACUGAACGAACUGAGUUCCGUAUAGUUACGAGGGACAUCAUAAUUUUCAUACGUCAUACCUACAAAGUACAAAACAUAUAGGCUCUUAUUUAAUAUUUAUUUUUAUUUAUGGCUUAUAACUGUGUGUACUGCAAUUUUGUAACUUGUUAAUUAUAUUAAAAAUAAAACUUCAUUUAACUGAUA